UCAGAUGACUGAACAGAAUUUUAGCAAGUUUUUGUCUAUAAUUAGUUGCUUCUGUUUAUAAGCUGCAAUGUCCUGUAGCCGCUUUCCAUAGCAUACUGUUAUAUAGACCAUCAUUGGCAAUUGCCCCAUGAUCUCAGUGCAGUGUUUUUUUUAUAAUAGUGUCCCUCCAGCUGUUGCAAAACUACAACUCCCAGCAUGUCCGGACAGCAUUUGGGAGUUGUAGUUUUGCAAUAGCUGGAGACACGCUGUUUGGAAAACACUAUUUUAGUGCUUAUCUGAGCUUUGGCAAUCUAAAGUAACUUAAAUAAUAAAGCAAUAUAUAAAAACGAUUUUUAUAUUAAAACAAAAUUUAACAUCUGUAACAAGAGACUAUUCUUGAAUUUUAAAGUUACUUCAUAGAUUCAUUAACAGACAAACAAAAUAGUAAGUGUGUACACUGGCCUCUGUCCUUCUACACAAGCACCAUCACUGAUAAGAGGUCAUAGGUUACUGUAUGCUGAAAUCCUGUCUAUCAGCCAAGAUCCUUCCACACGGGUGCAAUGACUUCUCAGACAUCUCCAGGUUAUUGGACACAGGACGAUGCCUCCUCCUCCUCUAUUACUUCUUAUAAGGGAGAACAUUUUCCAGACUGAGUGGAGGGGCAUACUGUCCAAAAUGUGGCUGCUCUUGGUACCCAUCUGCCUGGCACUCUUCAGCUCAUCCCUUUCAUUGGCAUCAGAACCCCAUUUUGUGAUUACCGUUCCUACAAACUUAGCACCGGGGGCUGAGGAGAAAGCCUGUGUUCUUUUCCUUGAUCUGAAGGGGACAGUUGACUUAAAAUUGGAACUGAAGAAAGAUGAGGAAGUUCACAUCUUAGUGGAACAUAAAAUACAUGCCCAUGACCAUUCUGAGUGUUAUUCCUUUAAGGUCCCUGUUAUAAAAGAACAAAGAUCCGUCUGGUUACUCCAUGUGACAGCACGUGGAGAUGACAUAAAUUGGGAAAAGAGUGAGAAGGUUAUCAUCAUGAAUCAGGACAGGUGCAUUAUCCAAAUGGAUAAAUUCAUCUACAAACCAGGGGAUACAGUGAGGUUCCGGCUGAUAUCCGUGGACCCUGGUUAUAAUGUUGAGAAUAAAAUACAUCCUUUGGUUGAGAUAUCAGACCCAAAUAAACACCGUAUAAAACAGUGGCUCAAUGUGUCUUCUGGAUUUUCAGACUUUAGUUUCCAAUUAGCAAACGAAAUAUCUCUUGGAGAAUAUAAAAUUAAUGUUCCUCCUUUCUGUGAAAAAAGAUUUAAGGUUGAGGAAUAUGUGUUAAAGAGGUUUGAGGUUAAUAUCGACUUACCGCCAAGUGUUGCCCUGAUAGACAAGACCGUUCACAUGGAGGUUUGUGGCAGAUACACUUAUGGAAAGCCUGUAGAGGGAUCAAUCGACCUUUCUAUUUGUUUAUCAGAACGUUUUCACAGGAAAUGGGCCAGUUCAGAUUCCAGCAGUGAAGAAGAUGAAGAUAAAAUCAACUGCAUAAGUAUAAAGAAAGCAAAAACUGACAGCAAAGGAUGUGUAAUAAAAGAUAUUGACCUUGGAUUAUUCAAUUUCUCAAAAUCAAACCACUAUCAGUUUUUGCUAUUUCAAUCGUCACUGAAAGAAGAUCAUACAGGGCAUAUUGAAAAGGCAUCAGCUGACGUCAUACUAAAAAUGCAUAAAAAAGUUCAAUUCACUGACAGACUACAAACCUAUCAAAAAGGACAUCUACAUCAUUCCAAGGUGAAAGUAACUGAUGAGAAAGAUAAGCCCGUGUCUAACCAAGCGGUGUAUCUACACAUUGGAAAUCCUUUUAGCGGUUUUGAAAAGUUACAAGAAACUGAGCUGACGGAUGAGAAUGGAAUUGCUGAUUUUACUCUCAAUACCUCAACGUGGGACUCAUUUUUAGUUUUAAAGGCAACUUUGUCACCUGAGGAAAAUGAUGAUGAUGAUGAUGAUGAUGAAAAUAGGUAUUUAAGAGAUACUGCCAUGCUAGGCCAAUUUUAUUCUCUAAGUGAAAGCCAACUUUCCAUAAAAGGACAAUCAACGGAAAUAAUGUGUGAUUCCGAUGAGACAUUGACUGUGGAAUAUGAGAUCCAGAGGAAGGCUCUUGAUUCCGAUACUGAUCAUCUCCACUUUAUUUCCCUGCUACGGAACUCAGAUGGAAUCCUAUUGUACAAGGAACAUAAAAUAGACAUUAAAGACCAAUCAAAUAACCCAACUGUUCAUGGUUCAUUUCCUGUAAGUUUUCAUGUAGAUGAAAAGGUCUUCCCUUGGCUACUUCUGCUGGUUUUCUCUGUACUGCCAAAUGGAGAAACUAUUGCAAGCAUAGCACCAUACGAAGAGAUGCCAUUAUGUAUUAAAGAAAAGGUAAAACUUAAAUUCUCAGAAGAACAGGUCCUUCCUGGGGCAAGUGUAAAUUUGGAAGUCUCAGCAAUUGCUGGAUCUUUGUGCUCUAUACGUUCUGUGGACAAAGGACAUUUACUUCAAAUUCCUGAAAAAAGCUCACUACGAUCACAAUAUAAAGAAAUGUUGCAAUCUCUACAUAUGAGUUUCCUAGGAAUCGGGGGACAAGAGCUACGGGAAAGACCCCAAUGCCCAGAGAAUACCAUAGCUGAAAUAGAGCAAGUUUUUCAUAUUUUGGAUGUGGAUAUGAUAUUUAUGUAUACUGGUUUGAGGAUUUUUACUAACACUCACAUCAAGAAACCAGUUAAGUGUAUUCCGUCUACAUUGGGCGCCCGUAGUGGAAUCAAAAUGAAACAACCUGGUGAUAAAGAUAAAGAGAUAUCAGAGCGCUUUACAAGAAGAUAUUUUCCGGUCAGCUGGUUAUUUGAAGUAGUUCCUGUGGGUUCAGAGGGACACACUGUACUUAGUCGAACGACUCCACACAGUAUCACAAAGUGGGUAACUGAAGCUUUCUGCCUGGAUAAGAAUGGUUUUGCCAUUGCCGGUGAGGUUGAGCUCACCACAUUCCAACCUUACUUCAUUGACCUGAUUGUCCCCAAAUCUGUGGUUCAAGGAGAGAAAUUUACAAUUCAAGCCGUGGUCUUUAACUAUGUGAAGAAAUGUAUUCUGAUUGUGGCGUCAUUGGCUGAUUCAGAAGAAUUUGUAACAGUCAAGAACAAGGAGCAAGCGAGAUGCGUCUGUGAGGGACAUUCACACAGCUUCACCUGGGAUGUUACAGCAAUAAAACUAAAGGCCAUAAAGAUACAUGUAGACAGUGGUUCUCUGGAGGUGGAUGGGAAAUGUACUGAAGACCCAAUACUGAUAAAAAAUGAUGAAAGAAAAGAUUCUGUUGAGAAAACAAUUGUGGUCAAGCCAAGGGGACAUGAAGAAGAAAAAACACGGACAUUUAUUUUAUACCCAUCAGAAAAUAAAGAAGACAUCCAUAUUACCUUGAAUCUUCCAGAGAGACUAGUAGAAGGUUCGGAACGUGCACACGUCAUCAUUCAUGGUGAUCUCAUGGCCAAUAUCAUUCUAAACUUGAAGGAUAUUAUACAUUUGCCUGAUUCAUGUGGAGAACAGAACGCAGCAAAGUUUGCUAGAUAUGUUUAUGCACUGGAGUAUCUCGAGAGCAUACAAGAACUGACACCCGAAAAAAAGGCCAAGAUUAUCGAAUCAUUGGUUGAAGCUUACCAGAAACAACUGACAUUCGGACAUAAAAGUGGCUCCUAUGGCUAUUUUUCCAGCUCACCUAAUUUAUGGGUCACAGCAUUCGUACUCAAGACUUUUAUCAGUGCUCAGAAAUGGAUUUACAUUGAAGAGGAGAAUAUUCAGGAAUGUGUGGAAUGGCUGCAAAGUCUACAGUUACCUGAUGGCUGCUUCAGCCCUGUGGGAUAUCUCUUUAAUAAUGCAAUAAAGGACAGUGAGGUGUCUCGCACUGCAUACGUCGUAAUCGCUCUCCUGGAAGCUCCAAGGACAUACAAUGGAAGUAUUGUGGAAAAUGCCCUGAGCUGUCUGAGGAAAUCUGUGGACAAUGAUACAUCAGUGCACACCCAGGCUCUUUUGGCAUAUGCCUUCACCUUAUCAGGAGACAAUGAGCUGAGAGAUCACAUACUGAAGAAAUUGGAUGAGAGUGCCAUAAAGAAAGAGGGAACAAAGCGAUGGGAAACAACAGACUUCGUGGGCAAUAUUGAGACACAUUCGUAUAUUAUUCUAGCCUUACUUUCCGACAAGACAACAACCCCCAAACAUGUGGAAGAAAGUACAGAUAUAAUCCGUUGGAUAAUGAACUGGCAAAAUCCAUACGGGGGCUUCCAAUCUUCCCAGGACACAACCCUGGCUCUUCAAGCUUUGGCUAAAUAUGCCAGAGCCACCAGGCACAAGAAGGGGGAUUCAACAGUGACAAUACAUUCGAAGUCCGGCUUCAAGAAAACAGUUCAUGUGGACAAAAGCAACAGUCUUCUUGUACAAACAGUGGAUCUUCCAGAAAUUCCUGGGGAAUAUAUUGUCAGCGCUACAGGCGAUGGCUUCGUCUAUUUACAGUCACACAUGCAUUACCACACUCUUCCUGAUGCAUCUGAGAGAGGCCACUUCUCCCUCAAUGUAAGCACCACACCAUCAGUCUGCACUCAGGAAUCACAGAGGAAGUUUGAUAUCCACGUGGAUGUCAGAUAUUCUGGAAAUCGUGAAUACACCAACAUGGCCAUAAUAAUAAUUGAGCCUGUAUCAGGAUAUAGUCCUGAUAGAAACAGUGUUAAAAAGUUGAAGAAUAAUUCAGCAGUGAGUAGAACUGAAGUCUCAGCCGAGAAGAUUUCUAUUUACAUGGACAAGCUCACUCAUGACUCUGAAAGCCUUGUCUUUUCUCUGGAGCAAGAAACAAAUGUAGAGAAUCUGCAGCCGGCCACUGUUGUAGUCUACGAUUAUUAUUUUCCAGAUGAGCAUACCGUGGUUGAGUACAAUGCCCCCUGCAGUGCAGAGUCUAAGAAGACAGAUAACCACUAACCAGGGGACACAGGAGCUGCACAAUACGCGAUGGUCUAGGAUUAAUGGAACAGAUCAUUUCAACUGUAUAGUGUCAACAAUAUCAUCUACAAUAAUGUCUCCUGUAAUAAAACACUCAAUAAAAGUUCC